UCAGCUGGUAUCGAUCACUUGUUUACAACUUUUCGCAAUGUUUAUAACGUAAGCAAUCUGCGUGAAAAGCCAUUAGUUAAUUUGGGAGCGAGGAACUGAAAAAUGAGGAGCGAGCGCCGCUGAAGAACCCAACCCGACCAACACCCCACGUAGUCCACCCACUCCAAAGGUCAAAUGCUGCCUACUUACGAGCGCUUCAGUGAUCCCAAAAGCGUCCUCUUCCGGCUUCCCUUUGCGCGACUGGCACUGGUGGCUCUUAGUUUGCCCCUGGGAGGCUUCUUCUUCUGCGUGAUUUGGUCUCUGACCUUUGACUUCGUUAGGAGCACCUACACCCACUGCGAUGUGACCAACUAUCUGCCCUCCGUCUCGGCGGCCAUUGGGAACUAUGAGCCCCAAAAAACCGUCUGGAGACUGGCCAUAUUUCUGCAUUUACCACUCCGUUUGGCAGUUGCCAAAAUCUACUUGGAGCACUAUCGGGAACACAUCCGCCGGAGCAGAAGAUUGCUGGGCAUCCUGGCCUGCUUCUUGAACGUCGUGGAGGAUCUGGCCCUCUUCUGCUUGUCGUUUUGGACCUCUGCGGAUCAUUACGAGACCCACAGAAACGCAUUUGUGGUGUUCAUUGCGUGUUCCGAGUGCUAUAUGCUGGUUUCCUACCUGCUGAACAGGAAUAUACAGAAGACCGUGCUCUUGCCGCACGAGGAGAAGUCGCUGAGGUACAAGAGAAAUCUGUUCUUGGUGAAUGUGAUCGCCUUUGGCUUGGCAGGAUACUGCUUCGUGAGGCACAACUCGCAUUGCGAGGCGGGAGUCUAUACUUUCUUCGCGUUGUUCGAGUACAUCGUGGUGCUGACCAACAUGGGGUUCCACAUGACCUCCUACUGGGACUUCUACGCCCUGAAUGUGGUGUGUGAUGCCAAGCACGGUCUCUACCUAUCACAAUCGUAGACCAAUGAACUAGAUCAAACCCAGCCUGCGCCGCCAUUUCAGCCAGCCAGUCGUCCUCGAGUAUUGUGUACAUACGCGGUAUUAGCUUAAGCUCAAUGUUUACUUAAUUUUACCAAAAGGAAAUUGCUUACGAGGGAUUCCGAGAGGAGACGAUUCAGUAUGACAGGAUCUGAUGCAUACACACGCUUUUAGCUUUAGGCUCUAACACGAUUUUACACCUAAAGGAUCUAGUUAAAUUCGAACCGAGUUCCAUCAUUAUGUAGUGCAUUAUUUAUACACAUACUCAUUUAGGAACAAGGCUUCAAUAAGGUUUUAUUUUAUACGUACUGAAUUUGCUUUUAUUGGCUUCUAAUGUUCUAAUUCAUUAUUUUGUAAGUCUAAAAUUGUAUUUAUUAGAAUUCAGAUAAAUUAACUUUUUAAUUGCUUCC